GGCGGGGGACGUGUCGGCUGCCCUCGCCCUGCGCGCGGCGGCGGCGGCGGCGGCGGCGGGAACCUUGGCCGCCGCCUCCCGCUUGCCCUCGCCGCCCCGUGCCACCCCACGCUUGGAAACGCUUGCCCCUGACCUGCUGAGGGGGGCUCUGCGCUCCUGCCCCCGGCCCGGAUGGCUCUCCUGCCUGGGACUCAGGCCACCUGGAGUUAAUGUCCAGCUGGGGGUCUGCGGAGACCAGAUCCGAGGUGCCGCCGCCGGACGGGACUCUAAGAUGAAGUUAUGGGAUGUGGUGGCUGUCUGCCUGGUGCUGCUCCACACCGCGUCCGCCUUCCCGCUGCCCGCCGGUAAGAGGCUUCCCGAGGCGCCCGCCGAAGACCGCUCCCUCGGCCGCCGCCGCGCGCCCUUCGCGCCGGGCCCUGACUCAAAUAUGCCAGAGGAUUUUCCCGAUCAGUUUGAUGAUGUCAUGGACUUUAUUCAAGCCACCAUUAAAAGACUGAAAAGGUCACCAGAUAAACAAAUGACUGUGCUUCCUCGAAGAGAGCGGAAUCGUCAGGCAGCAGCUGCCAACCCAGAGAAUUCCAAAGGAAAAGGUCGCAAAGGCCAGAAGGGCAAAAAUCGGGGCUGUGUCUUAACUGCAAUACAUUUAAAUGUCACUGACUUGGGCUUGGGCUAUGAAACCAAGGAAGAACUGAUCUUCCGGUACUGCAGCGGCUCCUGUGAUGCAGCUGAGACGAUGUAUGACAAAAUACUUAAGAAUUUAUCCCGAAGUAGAAGGCUAGUGAGUGACAAAGUAGGGCAGGCUUGCUGCAGACCCAUCGCCUUUGACGAUGACCUGUCGUUUUUAGAUGAUAAUCUGGUUUACCAUAUUCUAAGAAAGCAUUCCGCUAAACGGUGUGGAUGUAUCUGACUCCGGCUCCAGAGACUGCUGUGUAUUGCAUUCCUGCUACAGUACAAAGAAAGGGACCAAGGUUCCCAAGAAAUGUUUGCCCAGAAUGGAAGAUGAGGACCAAGGAGGCAGAAGAGGAAAAGGAAGAGGAGGAAAAGGUAGAAGAGGAAGGCAGCCAUCAUGGGAGCCUGGUAGAGCUACAGAAAACUGGAUAGGAGAAAGAUGAGCUAGCCAUCUGAUGUUCCACAAUGGCAACGGAUGUCACCAGAAGCUCAGGGCUGGUGUUCGUGCUGGGCUGAUGCCAGCAUUGAUCUGAUACAAUCCACCGUCACCGACCACGGUCACAGUUGCGGAUGCACACGGAGAAGCAGGCCAGUGUGUCUCCCGUGGUUCGUUUCCACGUGUCUGAAGACACCAGGGAAAUGGCACUCCUUUAUCAUGGCAUUUUACUGCUGAAAGUAAGAAAGGUUCACUUUGCUUUCACUCUGGAUUUAUGCUCUGGAAGGAGAAGGGAGGGGGGAAAAGCAGAGACACAAAAGAUCAUAACCUUUGAGUUUGAAAGCUGAAGCCUGAGGUUUAACUGCAACUAGCAUUUGGGGUAACCAUUUGGUAAUUGAUUUUGAACAUGGUGAUAGGAUGGGAAGAAGUUGGCCAGGAACCCAAAAGGCUGUCUACAUGAUUCAAAACAACCCCAAAGGUAUUUCCUUAUGUCCUCAGAAACAGGAAGCAAAUUGUGGUUUUCGGCAGUAUUAGAAAGAGGGCAAGUAGGGAAGGCCCAGCUCUGCCCCCAGGGAGACCCGCCUGGGGCCUGUCGGUUUACAGAGAGACGGAUGUUACAUACCCAACUCCGUUCAUGCGUGGUCACCAGUGACCAGAGAAGCUACUCGAUGCAAUGCAUCUGUUUCAGAUACAGAAAUAUAGAGAAGAUAUUUAUUAAGAUUUAAGUUAUUGUUAUUUAUUACCAUUCACUAAUGAAUUUCUCUCUUUUCCCUUAUUUAUUAAAGUUUCUUUUCAACGGUGCCAAAGCAUAUGUGCUCACAAAAUGCAUAGAAAGGUGACAAAGGAAAUUUUAAUUGGGAACAAGGGUCCAUGCUUUUCAAAGUAUUAAAAAAGGUUGUCGCUAGACAAAAAAAUCACUUACUUUACCUUUUUAAAAGAAAAAUCCCUCAUAAAUUUCCAUAGAUCUCAGCAUUUUCCCCUAAUUUUUGCUUUAAAAAAUAUAUAUGUAGUGAAGGAGCAUCUUGGUGGCUUUCUUGCCAGGAGUGGUGAGCAGAGACCAUUGGCACUGGGCUUCAUUCAUUUCUUCAUUGCUCCAUCACUGAAAAAUAUGCCCUAUACUUCACUUUCUGUUGUAUUUAAGCUCUUCUCCACAUAUAUCUAGAAUAUUUGUAAGCACGUAUUUAAAAGGCUAAAUUCCUAUUGGUAAGUAGUCCUAGAUUUAAUGUCAACCUGAAGGUAAAAUGAAGGCCUGUGCCAGGAGGUUUGCCCUGCCCUGUGGCGUCUCUUCCUCUGUCCUUGCUCACCCACCUCACUCUUGAGGGCUCCCAGCCUGGAGUGCCCAGAUGCCUUUGCAGAGAAAGCAGGUCCUUCUGGGGCUCAUAUUCACUGUGCCUGUUCACCUAAUGGCUCCUGGGGAGAAAGUGGCUGUAAAGGAUGGACGGUGAUGUCUGGCUAGGCCUCACAUCCCGGUGGGAGGGGAGGAAGCAGAGGAUGGGGACAGCCACAUCCCAUACCCACUCUUGACACGUUUAUCUGGCAGCUAGCAUAUCAAUGUUGUCCUGGGCCCUAUGUUAGAACUUGUUACACAUUUCAUAAAAGGGAUUUUUAUCCAGGAGAUAAUCUAUUAUUACCUUAAUGGCUGUUAACCAUACAACUAGGACAGAUGUAGCAAUUAAAUGAACCACUGGCCUCCCUCAAAUAAUCAUGUUAAUUUUUCAAAGUAAACAAUAAAUGGCAAUUACCCGACAUCCUCUCCUUGUCCCCAAAGACCCAAGUUCUUCAAGGUUCCUUCCCACUCUGUCCUUUCCACUCCCCUGGCAUGACUGGGAAGUAAAGAAAAAGGGCUUCUCUCUUUCACCCUCUCCUGCUCGAAACAGUGACAACUCCAACUGUCCAGCCCAAUUCAGAUGCAGCCCCAGGAUCGUCUGUUCACUUCAGAGGAUCCAGGUGGAUGUGGUACCUGAUGAUUCAAGUUCUGCCCCAGCCCCUAGGUCCCAUGGAAAGUCCUUGCUCCAAGAGGCGAUGGGGCUCAGAGGGUGUUGGUGACUUGUUUCCAGCAUCACUUCCAUACCACAAGCAGGUUCUAAUGGGGACAAAUUGCUCCUCCAAAUCCACAAAAGGGUAAAGUUUGUGAUUUUUCUUUAUCAUUGUGAUUACCAUCUGAUACAGUAAGGAGUGCACUUCUUUGGAAGUUCUGACUUCUCUGAUCUGUUUCAUUCGUUUGUGUUAUGCAACCAAAGUUCUCUACAGACUUUAUUUUUGUACAAUAUCAUUUUGUAACUUUUUACAAAUAAAAGCUCAUUUCUAUUGCUCUCUGUACUUCUGUAUUUC